CCUGUCGCCUCAGCUUAAACUUUUAUCCUUCCUCAACACUGCUCGCUCGCUCUUUCCGAAUCGGAGGUCGCGACGCGUUCUUGAAGGUCGCUUGUUGCCUGCACCUACAACAGAGCGCUGCGGUCUUCGUGAUUAAUCUUCAAACGCGCUACCCAAGCACAGAGUAUUAGAACUCGUUCUCACGUGCACAAACCUCGUGUGUACUGGUUUCAAGGUAUCGCUAGGGACGACAACGGCUCAAAUUCCCUACCAGUGAACAUUGCCACCGGCUACACUAUUUAACAUCUUACACGACAUGAUUCAAGAAAACGACGCAAACCAGCGACUAUCGAUACUUAAUGAGCGACCUUCGAUUCUGAGCGGACCGGAUCUCCUCCACGAGCUUGUGCGGCCAUUUGAUCAUGACGCAACUGCUAUCGAUUUCCUGGAACAUGGAUCGAAAAGGCGGAAGUUCUCCUACAGAAAUCUGCACCUUUUGAGCGACGUCUUGGCUGGCAGGAUCACUGAAAGACUGUCGAAGCUCGAAAGUGUCUCGCCCAUCAUUCCGGUCUUUCUGCCUCAGUCUCCAGAACUAUACAUAGUCUUAUUGGCCGUCUUGAAGGCAGGGAAAGCGUUUUGUCCUCUUAAUCUCGACACACCUAUAGAGCGAUUGAAGUUUAUCCUCGAUGAUAUAUCGCCUGACCUAUUCAUCACGUUCUCAACUCUCGAUGAACGUAUUCGAACAGCAGUCAAUGUCGAAGUGGUCCUUGUGGAUAAGGAGCUUUGCGAUCGUGAGGAUCGCCUCAGUAUCGAAUUACCAAGAUCGAGUACCAGGGAUCUAGCCUACGUGCUGUACACCUCUGGUUCUACUGGCAAACCUAAGGCUGUAAGCAUAUCGCACCAUGCGGUCACUCAAAGUCUGCUGGCUCACGACCGACACAUUCCUGACUUUGCACGUUUUCUCCAAUUUGCAGCCCCUACCUUCGAUGUUUCCAUAUUUGAGAUCUUCUUUCCAUGGUUCCGAGGGAAGACGUUAAUUGGCAGUACACGUGCGCAAAUGCUCGACGACCUUCCAGGAACCAUCAACAGCCUGGAGAUCGAUGCAGCUGAACUCACGCCAACAGUUGUGAGCAAUCUUCUUCAGGGUAGAGCGAGCGUGCCUGGCUUGAAGUUGCUACUUACAAUCGGUGAGAUGCUCACCCAGCACGUCAUUGCCGAGUAUGGUGGCGACGAGACAAAGGAGAGUAUACUGUGGGCCAUGUAUGGACCGACUGAAGCCUCGAUCCACUGCACGUUGCAGCCACAAUUCUCGACGUGUUCACCGACUAGCACGAUAGGUCGCCCCUUGGACACUGUUUCGGCUUUUAUUAUCGCCCCUCCAACUGGAGACCUAACAUCGAUUGGUGUUGAGAUUCUCAGAACCGGAGAAGUUGGCGAGCUUGCUGUUGGAGGACCUCAAGUUGCCGAAGAAUAUUUGAAUCGCCCGGAUCUCACUUCUGCAUCGUUCAUUGAACACCAGGAGUAUGGUCGUUUAUAUCGUACCGGUGAUCGCGCAAGGAUCAACGACCAUGGGAUUUUGGAAUGCUUGGGCCGCAUCGUUGCUGGUCAGGUAAAACUGAGAGGGCAGCGGGUUGAGCUCGGCGAGAUCGAACAGGCUAUCAUGAGGAUACCGAACUGUCGUACAGCAACAGUGAUGAUCGUCCAAGAAUCCUUGGUCGCGUUUUGCGCUGCUGAUUGGCGUGAAGUAACACGCACAGAUGUUCUCAACAUUUGUAGCCAUUGGCUUCCGGCAUUCAUGGUUCCUUCAGACGUUUUCUUUGUAGAUGUCAUGCCACAACUCCCAUCGGGGAAGGUCGACAGAGACUCUCUCACCAGAGAAUUCCUUAGCAAGGCUAGCUCUAAUGGAACGGCAUCGUCUACCAAUAUCAACUUGGGCGAUCAUGUGGGCCGGUCCGUCCUGAAUAUCAUCAGGCACCAUAUCUCUCCAGAUCUUGGAUCAGAUUUGGAUCUUGCUUUCGCUAGGAUAGAUUCACUACAAUCAAUUCGCAUCGCAUCUGCGCUGCGACGAGAGGGAUUUGAGCUGGGAGCAAUGGACGUACUGUCAGCUCAAACGUUGGAGGAUCUUAUUGCGAUGUGCAGAAAGCCUACAACAGCCGCCAGUCUGCAUGGUCCAACAAAAGACGUUCCAAGAUCACUCAUCCACAUAGAGACCCCUCAGCUGGAGCGGUGGCGUAGCAAUAUCGCCUAUGUACUGCCUUGCACUUCCUUGCAGGAGGCUAUGCUUGCGGAGACGAUGUCUAGGCCUGCCGCUUACUGCAACUGGGUUGAGGUCGAACUUUCGAUCUCGCAGACGUUCGAAGACAUCCGAGACGCCAUACAAUAUUUGGCUAGCAAAAUCGAAAUCAUACGUACAGGUUUCCUUGCGCAGUCACAGCAUUCCGGAACCUUUUCGCAGAUAAUCUGGAAAGAACUGCUCGCCUCUCAGAUCGAGGAAGUCGACAGUUUUUCAAGACUUUACACACUGCAGUCUGAGGAAAACUUCCUGCGGCCGUUCCACACGCAGAUAAUAACAAGCUCCGAACGACCUCGCUUGCUGUUUCGCAUGCAUCAUGCUUUAUACGACGGGUGGUCGUUCGAUCUGUUGCUGCAUGAUCUGGAUAUGCGAUUGCGUAGAGAGAAACUUGCAUCACGACCACAGUUCCGUGAAGUAGUCCAAUAUCUGUCCCAGAUAAACUCCGAAGAUGAACAGUCAUCUAGAAAUUACUGGACUAGUCUCCUCAGUGGCUACCUUCCGAUCUCGCUACCUAAUUACCACGGGAGGGUUGUUGGUGACCGAGUUACACGGCGCUUCACUCGGCUGUCUGCCAUCGAUCGGUCCCGGCUCUUUGAAUGCGCUCGCGAAAUGGCUAUUAAUCCCCAGGUAUACUUCCAAGCGGCUACUGCGUACGUGCUUAGUCUCUACAACGGUACAGCCGAUGUUAUUCUUGGAAAUGUUUCAUCUGGGCGAACUAUCCCCGUGGCUGGUGUGGAGGAUAUCAUCGGCCCUUGCAUCGCAACUGUCCCCUUCCGCAUAGACCUCAACAACGCUCAUAGCACCCAUGACCUUUUACAUUUGACACAAGCGUUGAAUCGAGAGAGUCUGAAGCACAGUACCAUCCCCCUGCGCGACAUAGUAAGGGCAGGCAACAUACCACCGGGAACUCGGCUUUUUGACGUCUUGUUCGUGUGGCAGCAGUCAAUAGCCUCGGAUUCAAACUCAACACUUGCGGCCAGAGUCAUCGACAGCGCGGAUGACCUUGAAUUCAGACUCACGCUCGAGUUCGAACCGCGUGAAGGUGACAUAUCGUUACGAGCUACCUACGAUACAUCAACUUUCCCGGAGCAACAGAUCGAAUGCUUGUCACGCCAGAUUGACGAAGUAGUGGGAAUAAUGUUGGAGAGCACCAACCACAACAUCGAUAAGAUGAAAUGGUGCUUCACCACACCUUCAUUAUCAAUCGCGAAUCCUACCCCUCGGCAGCAACCAAUCGAGAGUGGCCCUGCUUAUGCAGUAGAACAAUGGGCUUUGUCGAAUCCUGGAAGACCUGCUGUCAAGUUCGCCCGUGUCAUACGUGGUGGUCUAGAAGUUGAAAAGGUAGCGACCUACGGGAUGCUGAACUCCUGCGCUAAUCAGUUUGCCCGUGUGCUUGCCGAUCGUGGAGUUGGCAACGAUCAAUUAGUUUGCGUCAUGAUGGGAAAGUCAGUCAACCUUUAUAUCUGUAUCCUCGCUGUUCUCAAGCUUGGUUGCGGAUACCUGCCGCUCGUUCCUGAUACACCGAUCGAGAGAGUCAAGACCAUAUUGAAUGACGCGCGAGUCAAGGUCUGUGUCUCCGACUUGUCGACUUCACCCGAUAUCCGAAAAAAUCUCCGAGUCGAAUUAGUAGACUUCAACGCCACCCAGCUUUCAGACUACUCUGAUCAGAAUCUGAACGUGCCGUACAACGGGCAGCAUCUUGCCUACGCUGUGUUCACUUCUGGCAGUACUGGUACACCGAAGGGGGUUCUUGUUACCCAAGAUAACCUCAUGAGUAAUCUGCAGUAUCUAUCGACGAUAUACCCCUUCUCCGCGGAAUCCUGCCUGCUCCAAUCCUGCUCCCAGGCAUUUGAUGUCAGCGUCUUUGAGAUAUUCUUCUCCUGGUACGUUGGCAUGUGUUUGUGCACAGCGAAGAAAGACGACCUGUUCCGCGACUUUGAGGCUGCAAUCAACUAUCUAGGUGUCACACAUCUGAGCCUAACACCAACAGUUGCGGCACUAGUGGAUCCUGAGAAUGUACCAAAAGUCGAAUUUUUAGUGACUGCUGGAGAAGCUUUGACAGAACACGUUCGAAGAAGGUGGGCAGGUAAAGGCUUGUACCAAGGGUAUGGUCCUUCUGAGACCACAAACAUAUGCACUGUUCGAGCAGCGGUUACUCCAGACGACCUAAUCAACAACAUCGGCAUGCCCUUCACCAACACUUCAGCCUUCGUACUUGAUCCCGAAAGCGAAGCUGUUCUGCCCCGUGGCGCUGUAGGAGAACUUUGCUUUGGAGGGUACCAGGUCUUUCGUGGUUACCUGAAUCGCCCGGAACUGAACGCCACAAAGAUCAUCAACCAUCCUACUUACGGGAGGUUAUAUCGGUCGGGUGAUAUGGGUAUCCUGUUGCCUGAUGAAUCCAUACUUUCCAGGGGCCGUUCGGACGACCAAGUUAAGAUUCGUGGUCAGCGUGUCGAGCUCGGCGAGAUUACCUCAGUCAUGCUCGAUCAUCGGUCGGUGCAAGACUGUGUGACGCUUCUCUUACCGCGUCCCAAUAAUGCACAAACACUUGUCAUCUUCUGGGUACCCAUUACAGCCGCAUCUGACCACUUCCAACGCUUGGAACCCGCCGAGUUCGAGAUGGUGAAAUCAGAUCUAUUCGGUCUGUUAUCGCAACGCUUACCUCCAUAUAUGGUUCCCUCCUAUCUCAUUCCCAUAUCAUGUCUCCCAAUGACAAUGCAGGCCAAGAUUGACAAAGGCCUCCUCCAGAGCUUAUUCUGGAAUCUGGCGGAAAACCAAUUGGAAGCCACCAUGCAAUCGACCGACAGCGACGAAGGUCCAGAAAUGUUAUCGCCAUGGGAGAAAGACGUAGCCCAGGCUCUUGCAUGGACACUCGACAUAUCACCGAAAGAACUCCGGAGGACUUCGUCAUUUUUCAACGUGGGCCUGGAUUCCGUGUCAGCUAUACGCUUUUGUAAUAGACUUCGAACACUAGAUUUAGGCGACUUUGCCAUCUCGACGGUGCUGAAGAACUCGUCAAUUGCUCGGCUAGCGUCUGCUCACGACCUGCGCUCGCACUCGCCAAUACACGAAACGACCAAGCCCCCGACCAUCAACGUGAAAAACUUCCUCAAGCCAGAUGAAGUGUCUCGAAUUCUUGCGCGUUAUGAAGAAAGCGAGUUCAAGGUGGCAAGGAUACUACCAUGUACACCACUGCAAGAAGCAAUGCUAUCAAGUGGUCAGUCAUUCGCAGACUCCGCGUACUGCAAUACCAUGAUUUUUGAUGUCAAAGGAGACAUAUUUCGGCUGCAAAACUGCUGGUCGAGCAUGGUUGAGCGACACGAGAUUCUUCGUACUUGUUUCGUUGGCACCGAAGACCCAUCAUUCGUGUUCGCGCAAGUCGUCCUACGCGAUACUGGUUUGAAUUGGCAAUUUCAUGACUUUACAGACGCGCUGCCAUCCUACACGCACAGCAUCAUCUCAGAUCUUCUUCGAGCUGAGAAGCCUCCAGUUUACUUUGCAUUGGCUCAGGAUGGACCGUCCACGAAGUUGCUAUUCAGUUGCCAUCAUGCGCUCUAUGACGGCAUUGCUAUCUCCACUCUUCUUGAAGAGAUACAAGACCUAUAUCUCGACUUCAAGCUGCCACCGCCAGUCUCUCACGAUGUGUACCUGCAGCACAUGCUUCAUCAGAACUAUGCAGAGGGUGAUGCAUACUGGGCGGCUCUAUUGGAGGGCCUUGAGCCUACCCUCUUCCCCACCCUCACCAGUAAUAGCUCGAGAGUUCUGGGAAGGCCCGCAACCUCAUCAAGACGUCUACAACUACCGCUCGACAGUAUACGGGGAACAUGUCAAAAUAUGUCAGUGUCAUUACUGGCGAUUGUACAGGCUGCAUGGGCAAAACUGCUGCACUUCUACACUGGUGAGAGUGACAUCUGCUUCGGAAAUGUCGUCAGUGGGCGCAGCAUUGCCGGAGAUGGCGUCGAGCGCAUCGUCGCUCCUUGCUUUAACACUUUGCCAGUUCGCGUCAACUUCGAUUUCCAGCGGUCCAAUGAUGCUUUGAUGCGCCUGACGCAUACCCUUAGUAUUGAGUCGCUUGCUCAUCAGCUGACUCCGCUUCGUCGCAUACAGAACAGGGUGCUUCACGACGGUGGUCGUCUUUUUGACACUCUUGUCAUACUUCAGCAGCCGAAAUCAUCGUUAGAUUCUUCUAUUUGGACACUUGAACAAGACCUGGGCGAUAUGGACCUACCCGUGGUGUGCGAAAUCAUUCAAAACCAGACUUCGAAUACCAUGGAGCUAGUCCUACACUACCAAACAUCGCUCCUAUCUACGACAGAGGCUCUUUUGGUUAUGGAGACUCACGAAGCCUGCCUAUCAUCGUUAAUCGCGUCUCCCAAUGCAACGGCUGUCGAUAUGACGAAGUUGCCAACACACCUCCGAGCAGAGUCUAAUAUAAAUUACGAGCGAUUCGAGACUGGAGCAGCCUUGCUACAUUCUGGUUUCGAACUCAUGGCGGCGACGUACCCAGAACGUGUCGCGCUAGACUUCUUGCUCCCGAAUGGCGAGAAGACGACUUGGUCUUUCAAAGCUUUGAAUGAGAACGCAAAUAGCAUUGCGCAUACGCUCAUCGAAGCAAACCUCAGGCCUGACGAUAUUGUUCCAGUUCAUAUACAAAAGAGCCCACAGUUCUACGCAAGCAUCCUGGGAGUUCUUAAAGCCGGAGCCGCUUUUGCGCCCGUACAUCCAAGUCUACCUGAAGCACGCAGGAAGGUCAUGCUCCAAGAAUUGAAGCCAAAGCUCGUGCUUUGUUCGGAUAACUCGAUGCUUUCCAAGAAUCUAACCGAAGCGAUCGUUGUCAACGUUCAAGCUGUUCCGCCCACGCCAAAUAGCAAUCCUGCCAUUUCUAGCCUAAACGACUCGAACCUAGCCUACUGCCUCUUCACCUCUGGCUCCACAGGCGUACCAAAAGCGGUCAGCAUGGAACAUCGCGCUCCAAUUCAAACUAUCCUCAGCUCCAAAUCUCGCAUUCCUUGGAGCUCAUCUUCACGACUACUACAGUACGCCGCUGUGACGUUUGAUAUGUGCUAUUACGAUUGUCUUCUGGCCUGGACAUUCGGCUUCACCCUUUGUACCGCGGGACAAGAUGACUUGUUGAAUGAUCUACCUAAGGUCAUCAAUUCUUUGCAGGUCGACUUGCUCGAUCUUACACCUUCAGUUGCCGUGUCAAUCAAGAGAGUAGAUAUACCAAGUGUCAAGUGGCUGUACUGUAUCGGAGAAGCCAUGUCGCCCGCAGUUGUAAAGGAAUGGGGGAGUGCGUGUGUCAACUCGUACGGGCCUACUGAAGCUGCGUUCUGCACGACCAUUAGCCCCACCUCAAGCGAUGGAAAAACUUCAAUCAUCGGCAAGCCCUUCCAGACGACGUCUUUUGCUAUCUUCUCAUCUCAAGGCGACUCGCCUUUGCCGAUGCUAAGUACUGGUGAACUCUAUAUUGGAGGUGCACAACUCGCGCGAGGCUAUUUCGGCAAACCUGAUCUCACAAGUGAGCGAUUUGUUACCCGUUAUGGUCAACGAUACUACAAGAGCGGCGACAUGGUCCGAAUGUUGAGCGAUGGUAAUUUCGAGUUCGUGGGACGCACAGACGACCAGGUCAAGAUUCGUGGGCUCAGAGUGGAGCUUGGCGAGAUCAAUCAUGUCAUUCAGGACACCCUUCCAGACAUUGCUUUUGUGACCACUCAGAUCCUGAAGAAAGAACAGACGGGCAAAGAUCAGCUUGUGUCUUUCCUGGUCUCGCACAACAAGAUCGAGAAGAUCAAACUUGCCGAGCUGCAACAAGAGGUUAAGAAGGCUGCGAGCAGCCGCCUCCCGUCUUACAUGGUCCCCCAAUUUUUCCUCUUUGUUGAUGAUAUACCAAGAUCAAUGGCUGGGAAGGUCGACAAGAAAGCAUUGAUCGACAUAUUCAGAGACCAUGCAGGUGUCGAUGCCCUUACUAACGGAUGUCGAUAUGAAUCGGACCAUCAAUGGAGUAAAACAGAGACCGAGGUUCGGGACACUUUUGCGCGACUGUCCAAUACUUCGCGAGACGAUAUAUCGCCAAGAACCUCGAUUUACCAGCUCGGUCUUGACAGUAUCAGUGCAGUUCAAGUCGCUGCUGCGCUUCGCAAGCAGGGUCAUCCUGUAAACGCCACUGAUGUUCUGAAGCAUACUACUUGCACCGACCUUGCGGGAUUUAUAGACCAGGCGAGUCCAUCAGACGUGUCUACAUACUCAGAGUUCGACUUUGGUGCUUUUGAACGCAAGCAUAGGGCGCAGGUACUGAGUGAUAACAACAUUCCGGACAGCGACAUCUUAGCCAUCCGUCCCUGCACUCCGCUCCAGAACGGUAUGGUCUCGCAAUUCCUGGCCAAAGAAGGAGCUGUUUAUAUGAACUCGCUUCGCUUACAAUUGGAGUUGAAUGUAGACAUCGACAGACUCAAGAAGGCAUGGACAAUGGUGAUGGAAUAUUAUAGUAUAUUGAGAACUGGGUUUGCUCAUGUCAAGGAUCCGCUUUACCCUUUUGCUAUGGUUGAGUACACUUGCGAAUCCCUUGAUUUGCCGUGGACUGUCACCUUGGAAGAUACGUCAGACUCAAUCGAUCAAUGGGUCCAGCAAAUCCAGCAUGUGGCUCUGAAGCAGCUGCAGUCGCCACCUUGGGCCUUGCGCAUCGUUGAGGGCAAGGAUCACUAUGCUCUUGACCUGGCCAUUUUACAUGCUCUUUUCGACGCGCAAAGUCUCCAACUUAUUCUCGAUGCGGUUACUGCUGCAUAUCUGGAUCAAUCUUUACCGUUACCAAAAUCUAUCGACACAACUAUCAGUAGCAUCAUUCAGUUUAGCGGUGCAAAAUCGCCCACUCGAGAGAAAUUCUGGACUGACCUCGGAAAAACUGCAAACACAUGCCGCUUUCCCAACCUUGCACCUUUGAGAUACGGUACAAGCUCUCCAUUAGUUUACACGCGCCAGUCCGCGAAACCACUUCAUGUCCUAGAAGACGGAUGUCGUCAUGCUGAAAUCACUAUCCAAACUGCUGGCGUUGCGAGUUGGCUCUCCUUACUGAGCGCUUACACUGGAGAAAGCUCAGCAACAUGCGGAGUUGUGUUAUCCGGCCGAAUAUUCGAAGGAGCAGAGGAUUCCGUCUUCCCCUGCAUCAAUACCGUACCAGUGGCAUGUGCAGUCACGAACGACAAAGUCGCAUUCCUCAAAAGGAUCAUGGAGCUGAAUGCCCAGAUCCAGCAGCAUCAAUUCACACCACUCAAGGAAAUCCAGACGUUGAUGGGCUUUCCGAAUGAAGCACUUUUCGACAGCAUUUUUGCCUACCAGAAGCUUCCCGGCCGCACAGAGGCCAGUACCAUAUGGAAAGUAGCCGAUGAAAGAGCAACGAUUGAGUACCCGGUUUCGAUCGAGUUGGAGCCAGUGGAUGGAUAUCUGGAGUAUCGACUCACGUUCUUACCGCAUGUCGUACCAGAAGAGCAGGCCAAAUUGAUCCUUGAGCAACUAGAUCACUUGAUGGAAAAUUAUACUACAAUCAGUCCUAUAACUGAGACCAGCCAUACCGAGCAACUCUACUCUAUCACGCCCGCUCAGGAGCCUGAGUUGCCGUCUAAUGCCAGGCUACUCCACGAACUCGUCGAACAUACUGCGAUGGACUACCCCAAGCGCAUCGCAUUUGAGUUUGUGACGGCGAACGACAAAGGAGAGCGGACUGUGGAGCAAUGGACUUAUGCUGAGCUGGAUGCAGAAGGGAACAGAAUUGCUCGCUUACUCGUCUCUCAUGGAGUUCAGUCUGGUAGUCUGGUUGGGGUGUGUUUCGACAAAUGUCCCGAAGCAUCCUUCGCUAUGCUGGGAGUAUUGAAGGCCGGCUGCGGCUUUGUCGCUAUCGAUCCCGGUGCACCUUCUGCACGUCAGACUUACAUUAUUGAGGAUUCACGGGCUCAGGCUGUGAUAACUUUGUCCUUUCAAGCUGCCAAAUUUGAGGGAACCGUCAGUGUGCCCGUAAUGAAGCUCGAUGAGAUCGACUGGCGUACACUCUCUGGCUCGGCGCUUUUGCGCAACGACGACAUCGACGCCCAAGACCGUAGCUACUGCUUAUAUACUUCAGGCACUACGGGCACACCCAAAGGCUGCGAACUAACUCAUGAAAAUGCGGUGCAGGCACUUCUUGCCUUCCAGCGUUUGUUCGCUGGACAUUGGGAUACAAACUCACGAUGGCUUCAGUUUGCUUCAUUUCACUUUGAUGUUUCAGUACUUGAACAGUAUUGGAGCUGGUCUGUUGGAAUCUGCGUUGUUUCAGCACCUCGAGACCUCAUCUUCGAAGACUUGGCAAAAUCUAUCUCCGAUCUCAAUAUCACGCACAUUGAUCUAACGCCUAGUCUUGCUCAAAUACUUCACCCGGAUGAAGUACCCAGCCUUUGCAAGGGUGUUUUCAUCACCGGUGGCGAGAGUCUGAAACAAGAGAUCCUCGACGUGUGGGGUCCAAAAGGCGUGAUCUACAACGGAUACGGACCGACGGAAGCAACAAUAGGAUGCACUAUGUACCCACGCGUUCCGGCCAACGGCAAACCCUCAAAUAUUGGUCCUCAGUUCGACAAUGUUGGAUCUUUGGUCCUCCACCCGGGCUCCGAUGCCCCUGUUCUACGAGGCGGCGUUGGUGAACUCUGUGUCUCAGGCAAACUCGUCGGCAAAGGCUAUCUCAAUCGUCCAGAGUUGACUGCGGAGCGCUUUCCUUAUCUCGAACGUUUUGGCGAGCGUGUAUACCGGACGGGUGAUCUGGUUAGACUCCUGCAUGACGGUACAUUCGACUUCCUAGGACGUGCAGACGAUCAGGUCAAAUUGCGAGGCCAACGCCUCGAAGUGGCUGAAAUCAAUUCUGUCAUCAAACAGUCCGGCCAGACGAUUUCUGAUGUUGCAACGUUAGUACUGAAGCAUCCGAAGCAGCAGAAGGAGCAGUUGGUAGCUUUUUUGGUGUGUGGCAAGUUCUCCAGGGCUCAAAUCCAGGUCCGGCUAGAUGAAGCCAAGUGGAUGGCGAGUGCGAAGCAAGCUUGUUACGAAAAGCUUCCUCCAUAUAUGGUCCCCACACACUUCGUUCCUCUCACGACAAUGCCACUGAACAUCAACAACAAAGCAGACGGCAAGAAGCUAAAAGAACUUUACGAAGCACUUUCCUCCCAUGAAUUACAGGCACUAUCAGCCACUACAAGCGAUCGAGAUGAAACUUGGUCGAAAUAUGACGAGAAGCUCCGCCAUACACUCUCACAAACACUGGCUGUGAGUGAGCAGUCUAUUGGCAAGGAUACCAGCUUUUUUGAGCUAGGUAUGGAUUCAAUUUCUGUGAUCGAAGUAUCGCGUAGACUCAAGCAGGCCGGCUUCGUAACUGCUAGCGCAUCUUCGGUAAUGCGAUGUCCUACCAUCCGUCGUCUUGCGAAAGUUUUAGACACUGGCAGUUCUGUCGAUCAAAACAAUGGGUCUUUUCUCGCAGCACAACAAGCUAUUCACGCAGUUCGACAUCGCUAUAGACAUUCCGUUGCGCAGUCACUAUCGAUCGAAUCUAGUAGAAUCGACGUCGUCGCGCCAAGUACUCCCUUACAACAAGGCAUGAUCGCAAGGUCGUUGGAAAGCAACAACGGCUUGUAUUUCAACACUUUUCAUUUCAAGUUGCAUGACAGCGUCAACGAACAACAACUUCAAGCGGCAUGGGAAAGUGUAUAUGCUUCAACGUCAAUACUUCGCACGGUCUUUGCGAACACAGAAGAAGGGCACGUGCAAGCAGUUCUUCGUGGUGUCCCUCUUAGUGGAGUAACACAAACUUUGGCCAAAGACCAUCAACUUGCCGAGCACGCAGAAAGGUUGAGACACAACUGGCUGGAGCUUAACCGAACCCAACUCAGACAUCUCUUCGAGGUACAUCUUGUCACUACCCUAACGCAGAAGCUGCUGCUUGUGCAUAUCUUCCACGCGCUCUAUGACGGCAAUAGUAUCGGAUUAAUCUUCCAGGCUGUAUGGGACUCCUACAACGGCAAGGACGCGAAUUCGGUCGCGCCUGCCUUCCAUGAUGCACUCGCCCAUGGCCCACUAAACGUCGCCGAUGGAGCGAAGAAGUUUUGGCAAGACCAUCUGACCAAAGAGUCUUCUCCAUUACCCACCAUUUCCAGCGAGCCAGCCAAGACGACUGUCGAAGUCACCCGUAAACUGCAUGCCUUUACGGGCUUUGACUCUGUGAGACGUCAGCUCAAUGUUACAGCGCAAGCCGUUGCUCAAGCUUGUUGGCUGUUCGUGCUGCAAGAGCACGUCAGAAGUCCUGUGACAACCGGAGUGAUAGUUUCUGGACGAAGCAUUGACCUGGAAGGUGCAGACCGCAUCAUAGGCCCAAUGUUCAACACCAUUCCUUACCAGCAUUGUCAUGAACACGGCGAGUCAUGGAAGUCGAUCAUCAAGAGAGUGCAUGACUUUAACGUCGAAGCUCAUAUCUACCAACACACUGCACUAAGAGACAUCAUGAAGUGGUGCAAGAGAACCCCGAAUCAACCGUUGUUCGACAAUCUUUUCGCAUACCAAGUCGCACAAGGAGACGAGGAGUGGGCAAGGAACGAUGUUUGGGAGAUCUUGGAUGGUGACGCUGUCGCUGACUAUCCUUUGGCUUUGGAAAUCGAGCAGAAGACUAGUGGCGUGUUCAAACUGACCUUAGUUACUCAAGGUCAUGUCGCAGAUGAAACCCUAGCAGAUGAACUUCUUGAUCGAUUCGAGGCUGCAUUCCGGCAGAUCUUGCAAGAUCCGUCUUGCAUACCAGAAUCGAAUGCUAGAGUGAACGGUAUAGCAGAAAACGGAACUGUUCUGGAGACUGAAGCGAUCCGGGAUAUUGGUGACACAACUCAUUUCGAAUGGACAAGCGAAGCGGUCAAGAUCAAGGAAGAGAUUGCUAACCUAUCCGGUCUUGAUCUCGAUGGUAUCAAUGGAGCUACUUCUAUCUUUGAACUUGGACUCGACAGCAUCGAUGCUAUCAAGCUAUCUUCAAAGCUAAAGAAACGUGGAGUGAACAUUCCCGUAAGUGGCAUUAUGCGCGGACUGACCAUCUCGAAAAUGGUGCAGCACAUCUCAACCAGGGAAACACCAGACAGAGAGUCUUCCCAGUGGGAUCUUGACCCCUUCAAACAGUCAAUGAAAAGAUAUCUCGAGCAACGUUCGUCUGAUACCGCUGGCAUUCAAGAGGUGCUUCCCUUGACACCAUUACAAGAAGCCAUGGUGGCAGAGAUGAUUGCAUCAGGAUACAUGAGAUACUACAACCACGACGUGCUCAAGCUUCGUCCUGGAGUUGACAUCGGGAAGCUUCGAGACGCCUGGAGUGCAGUCAUUGCAGCCUCGCCGAUCUUACGGACUGGAUUUGUAGAGGUAGAUGACCCAGAGAUCGACGGUUCUUUUGCACAGAUCGUCCACAGAAGGUGCCAUAACUUCUGGUCACACCUCAAGCUGGAGAGUACGCCAGACUUCACGUCAAUAUUCGACGAACUUCGACAUGACAUCGUACAGAAUUCGCUGUCAACACCUGCCUUCCGACUUAGCUUUAUCGAUACUCCGGAUCAAUCCUACCUUGUUCUCUCUAUCGGACACGCCUUAUACGAUGGAUGGUCACUUAGCUUACUGCACGUCGACGUGCACCGAGCAUACAAAGAUCAAUUCAGUCCUCGACCCGACUACGAACGUUCACUGGCAGACAUUAUCGCGACUUCCGGAUCUGCCUCUGCAAGCUUUUGGCAAGACUAUCUCUCUGACGCCGAGCAGAGCCUUUUUCCUCGACGAUCGGAUGCCUCUAGUGAACUCGGUAACUGUUCGAGAGUUUGUUUAUCUAUCAGAAGAGCUCAGACACAGGGCAAGAACAAGAUGAGGAAGAAAAGCUAUAUUCCAGUAUUGAGGGCCACAGUGACAUCGAAUAUCCUGUGUGUAUGGAGAUGGAAGUAGUGAAUGAGGUGUUGGUAUGGCGUUGUGCGGUCAAAGAGGAGGUUCUUGA